AUGGGGCUACUAGCCUCGCAUCCGGAUGGCACCACAAUAAAUCCUGAGAGCAGCUACAGCCAUCAUGUGUCCACCUUACUCUUUAAAAAUCAUCAGCUUGAUUCUGAAAAGACAGCACUUCCUGUAAAGAAACAGGCAAUGAACAAGCAGGAAGCUGAAUCUCUGGAAAUGACGUAUAGUGACUCGUUCUCUAAUUCUACUGCAGAGGAAGAACCCGAAAUGAUUGUUGUGGGUGCUGGCAUACUCGGUGCAGCUUUUGCAGUUACCAUGGCGAGAGAAGGAAGAAAGGUACUACUGAUUGAGAGGGAUAUGAAGGAGCCUGAUCAGUUUGCUGGAGAAGUGCUACAGCCAGGUGGUUAUGAACUGCUUAAAGAACUGGAUCUUGGCGAGGGAAUGGAAGGAUUUGAUGCCUGUCCUGUAAAUGGAUAUAAAGUUGAAGACCUUAAAUACAAAGAUACAAUAACUCUUCCGCUUCCGAUGUCAGAAAAUAAACUGCAGAAGAAUGGCAGAUCAUUUCUUCAUGGGCGCUUCGCAUAUAGUUUACGUAAAAUAGCCAUGAAAGAACCAAACAUUAAAAUUAUUGAAGGCAGUGUGACUCGUUUAUUGGAAGAAGAUGGUUAUGUUAUUGGAGUUCUAUACAAGGAAAAGGACACUGGCAAUGUUAAAGAAGUGCAUGCACCCCUGACUCUGGUUGCAGAUGGACUCUUUUCAAACUUAAGAAAAUGUUUGAUUUCCCGGAAGCCAACAGUUACAUCUCACUUCACUGGUAUCAUUUUGAAGACACCACCAGAGUGGAAGUCAACCAGCUUGGAGUUAAUGUUGUUUGACACCCUUAUAGUGUUUUUCUAUCAGCUUUCUUCUACUGAAACUAGAGUAAUGAUUAAUAUCAAGGGUGAUCUUCCACGGAACAUGCGAGAUUAUCUGAUGCAGAAUGUUUAUCACCGUGUACCAGAGGUGCUGAAAGAGCCUUUUGUCAUAGCAGUGCAGAAUGACCGUUUGAAGACUAUGCCUGCGAGAUACUUCCCUGCUGUUGCAGUAGACAAACCAGGAGUACUUAUUAUGGGAGAAGCUUACAAUGGUCGUCACCCUUUAACAGGAGGAGGAAUGAGUAUAAUACUGAAUGACAUCAAAAUGUGGAGAACAUUCUUAAAGGACAUACCAGAUCUUUAUGAUGAUGAGAAAAUCUUCCAGGCCAAACAGAAAUUCUACCGGUUAAGGAAGGACUCCUGUACCUUUGUGGUGAAUGUACUUGCUGAAGUUCUGCAUGGACUUUUUACUGCUUCAGAUGAAAUCCUACUUCGAUUGAGAAGGGCCCUUUUCUAUUACUGCAAUCAAAGUACAGAGUGUGCAAUGGGACCAACAUUACUGCUGGCUGUGUUGUCAACAAAACCGAUGACACUGAUACGGAUCCUUGUGACCGUUAUACUCUAUGCAAUGUACUUGGCUGUCAAGCUGGAACCGUGGUAUGCCAAACCUCGUGGUAUCUAUAAGAGUGCUGUCAUCCUAUAUCAAUCAGUUGCAAUUUUAAUUCCUCUGAUUUACAAAGAAAUAAUGAAUCUCCCUUACUAAGUACAUUAAGAGUAAGACAGACAUACAGGAGCAAUCACCCACCUUCUUCAUGGAGAUGUCACGUGUACUGUAAGUGACUGGAAAAGACAUUGUACAACCAUGUGAAGUGGAAAGUAAAUAAGGGGUUGUAUUAAAAAUAUACUAAGAAUGAAAAACUGUUAAAAAUCAUGGUUUUGGUAUUUUAUAUUGAAGUAUUCAAGGGCUUUUGAAAAGAUAAGAAAUGAACCUGCCUUUUGAAUUACAUAUGUAUAGGCUAUUUUCUGUGUUGGCUCUUUAUAAGAUGCGUAUAGCCUAUAAGUGUAGAUCCUACAACUAUAAAAAAAUAAAGUACAAUUGUGAAAAAAAAGUUAAUCUUAAUGCUCACAGUGAAGUCAUCACACUUAAUGCCAUUGCUAAUUAUGUAUACUAACCUUGAGAUGAGUCACUGAGUAAGGGGAAUACCACAACCACAAAUUUAGUGUUCUUUCCCAUUUUUGUAAUUACACCAGGUGCAAAAUUAUGGGCCUGAUUCUAAAACAAUUUACACUCGGUGAUUUCAAAAGAUAGCCUGCAGGCUUACCAUCUUACAGCAUACAAAUAAAGAGGCACAUAAACCAGCAAGAAAACUCCUCACAACUUCCCCAUAUUCCCAUAAAAAUAUCCUGUCGGUGGCCCAGUUCACAGGACAUGUAUAAGUUGUCAUGGGAUGCUGUGACAAUACAACGUGAUAUGUUUGAAGUGCACUGAUAAUCGGAAUGGUGACGCAGUGGCACAGUAACCUUAUUCCCAGCACUCUUCAUUUGAUAGCUGAGGUAUAAGGUGUGAUAGGUGCAGGUGCAUGUUGUGGGUAGCAACAUCUGUAUGAAUGUCCACACAGUGUAAUGCUUUAUGUGCUGUAAAUGUAGAUAAAUACAUCAUCUUGUAUUUCUUGCCCUUCUAAUAUUUGUCCUAUUCCCUUUCUGCUAAGUCAAGUUUUCUUACCCAUGCUCUGUUUCCACUUCAGUGUUCUAGUAUGUUUCUCCUUAUAUAUGUGACACACUCUCAUUAUGAAUGUUGAGAGGUGCGGUGAAUGAUGCUUCUACCAAAUGACUGUGGAUUAAACAUGGGUGAAGGAUGUGCAGUGCACUGUGCAUCUGUGUCUCUGUGUACAUGUCAGUAAAACGUGGUGAGAGACAUCAUCUGCUGUUUGUGUAAUUCAGUAUUAAAUCCUACGUUGGCUGUGAUGUUCUCUGUCAUCCCAGAACUGACUAUUACAGUGUUGUACACCUCCCAACUGCAGAUAUCAAAAAUCUAGACAAAUGCUUUUGAAAAGUAGGUACAGCCAGCCAAAAAAUCUGGACAGUUAUUUAGCAUAAAAUUUGCACACUUAGUAGCAGAACUCCUCCAAUUUCCAGUAGGAUUGUAGGUUAUCCCCACUCAGAAACCAAGUUUCAAAAAGAGUGACAAAAUGAUGCAAAAUCUAAAUAUAUUUCCCUAGCAGACAGAUGACAUGACGCUACAGCAGAAUAAACAUCAUUUGCACUGUAAGAUGCGUGCAUAGCUUGAAAAACAGCCAUUGUUAAUUAUACUGUUAAUUAUAUAAGUAAGUAUAAAUAUAUAAGUAUUACUGUUAAUUAUAUAAGUAAACAAAACUUCAUAUAUCUGUAAAUAUAACAAGCACUCAGAAAUGUUUUUUUUUCUGGUCACACAAAAGUUUAAGUCUGAAUAAACCUGAUUGGACACUAUAUACCUAAGCUGUACAGAUUCCAAGGCAUGAAAAGUUGUUUUUGAGGCUUUAGAGAAGGUUAUAUUAUAAUAAAUACAAAACCACAGUUACAGUAUUGCUAUAAAGACUGUCUAUGCACUCAUAUUUAUACCAAUAAAACAGUUCUUUUAAAUAAUUCUGUAUCAAUGGGUUCAUACACAGUUUUAGUAGCAAACUACAUUCCUACACAGUUCCUACCAAAAAAACACAAAAGAUAGACAGUAAGGCAGGUGACAACAAAUAAUAUAAAAAAAAUAUUUGUAAAAUGUUUAUAGUAGCAGCUUUACCAAAGGACUGUGCAUGUUGCCAACUGGGACAACUGACUCAGCAAAAAUGAAAUAAUUUGUUAAUUCUGCCAGGAGAAGAGCAUUAAGAGAAGCCAGAAACUAGCACAAACUGUACAUCACUUUACAUCUCAACCUGUUAGUGCAGUCAAGGCCAAGCCAAAAAUAAUAGAGAGACAAAGAACCAAAAGUCAGGGAGUUGUUUUUAAGCAAUAUCUAUAUCUAUAUCUAUAUAUAUAUAUAUAUAUAUAUAUAUAUAUAUAUAUAUAUAUAUAUAUAUACAUAAAGUUGCAAUAAUAACAUUAGCUUGCUUUUUUUCAGAAGAAUAUGAAGUCUGAAAUUGAAAUGCCUGUUAUACAGACUGUUGAAACAGCAGAAUUUUUCUGAGUCCAAAAACAGGUUAGAACUUUUUAUAGUAAUGAGGCUGAUGAAAGCACAAUUCAGAGAAAUAUUUCCUAGUGUAUAAACCAUAUGCCUUACAACUCGUCCAGCAGAUUGCUCUCCUCCUCUGUGGGCUUCUGACUUCUGCUAUCAUCUAAGGUGGUUCAGCACAGGGAUCCCAGGCCAAAUAACUAAUAAUCACCCUUCUAGCUAGCCUUGCAGUCAUUGCUUUAGUGAUGUCAGCACAUCAGACAUCCAUGAUGCCAUGGGGCACAGGCACAGGCUGAUGAUGCAAGACUAACAAAUUAAAGCAUAGUAACUAAAAUUGUGACUUAAAGGGGUCACUUUGGAUUUUGUGACACCCUGUUAUUUUCAGCUGAAUUUGGAAUUUUACAUCAAAUAUUAGACAACUGAGAAGUAUUUAGCGAUAUCCCCACUGAACUUUGUACACAUCAGGGAUCAAAGCCAUAUAAGAUUCUCACAUAUUUCCCUGACAUGCACAUCCUUUGUCUUAUGGGUCUGCCUACAAUGGUGUAGUAUUUCAAUGUGGUCUCAUCCCAUCAUCUACCCAUUUGUGUUUUCAGAGGUUCUCUCUGUCACCAUUGCAACAGAUGUCUGCACAGCCCUUCAUUUCUAUAGCAAGGCGUGCUCUUUCUGUUGUAGAAUGUAAUUCCUAAUAUGUUCAGACAGCCUGGCAGAGUGAACUUUCUGUCUACUGUUUUAUACUUAUGCUGCCAUGUGGGUACCUAUGGUUCUGACACAUUCAUGUAAAUAGCGGAAAGGGUGCCUCAGUAUUAUCCCUGUGAGGUAUAUAUACCUAUGGCUGCUGUUGUCUUUGAUUGUCCUGAAUGCUGUGGUCCAUACAGGAUUGUGACUGGGAUCAGCUACACAGAUGUAUUAUAAUGAACCCUAAAACACACACCUCUCAUAGGAGCCAUAUAUUCUGCACUAAUAUGUAGUUGGCUUCCUGCGCUAAAGCGUUCACAUGGCCAUUUGCUCUUCUCAGACAUUAUCUUGUAAAGCUAACAAAUGAAUUGCUUUAUCUGUGUACAGUGAUGUUACCUCCAUGGGGAAGCAGCGGCACUGUGCACCAUGUGAGAUUAGUGUUGCAGCACUGUGUCCCCGCCUGCAAGACUCCUUUCUUAUGAAUUGUGCUUGCUUAAGCAGUUUCCCUCUUGGUAGAUGGGUUCCAAUAUGCUGACCCAAGUCUUUUGGUAUGAGCAAAGCAGUAAAUAUGUGUGUAAUUUUCCAUAUAAGAUUGUUUUAUUUAUAGUAGAGUAAUAUCAGACAAAGAAGACAGUGGUGAUCAUUUAAAAUGAUAUAAAUCUUGCAAAAUCGCCACACAUUAACUGUAGUAUCUAACAUACCCUACAUGCAUCUUCUCUAUCUAUGCUUGAACCCUGAUGUGUCAUUUCCCCAGUUAUAGGUAUAACUAACUGGAUAUUUCUAUAAAGAGGGAAUUAAAAUAUUAACAGCUGGACACUGAGUGGCUACCUCUCUUUACGGGGUGGGGGGGUUGGAAAUGAGGGAACAAUGAACUGAACACUUUUUAAAAUCCAGCUAUUAAACCAUAAACAUUUAAUUGUUUCUAUCACUGUAACAAUAUAUUUAGUCUCUUGAGCUUAUUACUCAACACAACUCUUAGGGCCAGAUUCCAAAAGAGUUUCCCUAAUUGUAAGUCUGCCCUGAUUCCGAAAGUCUUGCUCUUAGUGUAAGUGACUUACUUUGGUGUGAGGCCUCUCUGUUAACAGGCAUACACCAGGGGUCAGACUCCCUAAGACCUGCUCUCAGUGCAAGCAGUCACUGAUAGUGACAGCAAGUCUUUGAAUCAGGCCCUCGGGCCUCUGAACCCCUGCCCAGGAAGUUAUUCAGACUCCAUUGCAAACAAUCACUUUGUCUUUUAUACAGACAUUAGAAUUUAUUUUUGAAACAAUGUUUUGCUAUAUGUAACUGUGUUUUAUACCUGCAGCUAUGCAUUAUAACAGAAAUUAACUUUGUACUUUAUAUACGUAUGCUCUGCCUUUUGUGUAUUUCAUCUUUGUAAUAUUGUGCUUGACACCUGGGCCAUCACUGAAACUGGUCCACCUGGAUCGGUGUAUUUCCCUGGUAAACAAAUGUAAUAAACAAAUAAAUAAUAUACGAGAAAAAAC